ACAGUCACACAAAUUUAAACAUCGCGCGUCCCUAACCUAAGAAAUUUAAAAGGUUCAACGUCGGUUAAAUUAAAUUGUGAAUGUUAUUAUUCAUUUUAUUUGUACCACCGCAAUACCGUGCCUUUUUGCUUAAUAAUAAAUGAUUAAUCAAGAAGAUGAUGAUCUCAAAAUACAAGACGUUUUACAGAGAUUGGGUAAUAUACAUUAUCCUGCAGGACCGAUUUAUACAAAGAGUUGCAAAGCUAAAGCUCUCUUAAACUUAGAGAGAAACGAACUUGAAGCUAUUUAUUAUCUUGUUGAAUCGCACUCGCCAAAUCUGCGUUUGAAUGCAGUCCAUUGCUAUGAAAAGUCUCUGCACUGCGUUUACGAUCCUACACCAUUAAAUAAAGCCUACUUUAACUUUCAGUGUUCCACCCAGACGACAGAAGAUAAAGUAAAUUCCAUGCUGAGAAUGGUGGAGGAAUUUCCUCAAGAAUGGACCAUUGUUCAGUUAACAUCAGAGCUUAGUGUAGAGGAACAUUUAGAACUUAGUUUAGAAAGGCGCCACACAAAUCCAUUGCAUUUAACAGUUUUUAAUUGUGGAAAGAAUCAGCCUUCGCCUUUUACAGUUAGAAUUGACGCACCACACGAUGGUAUUAGCGGAAACGUUAUAGAAAUCCGUCAAGAAAUGUUUUCAAUUGUUAACGAUAAUGUGAAGCUGUUGGAGAAUUUCAAGUCAUUCUGCGGAAAGAAUUUUAAACACAUUGGCGAGAAGAUGGCCUACUCUGAAGCUCGAUUCCUCCUGAACAACCGUUUGGAGAAUUUGAUUAAAGAGAUUCAAUGCAAGUGGUUAGGCCCUUGGAGAUGUUUAUUUGUUGGAAAAUUUGUGAGUGCCGACAUUGAGAAUAUUGUCGCACAAAAAGUGGAUGAACUGAAUACAACAGAGAAAACUAAAAACAUUUUGAGGUGUUUAAUUAAGGGAGCAUCUUAUUUGAGUAUAAGUGAGAUAAAAGACAGAUUGUUGAGUAUGUUUCCAUUUGAUGAGCAGAAAAGUAUUCGUGUCACCUUGGCCAAGGAUAUACAGCAAAUGCUGAAGCGGUAUGAGUUUACACAACAGAAACGCCACCCAGUUUUGCUUAUUUUAGAUGAAAAAUUAGAUGCACUACCUUGGGAAAUGCUCGACAUUCUUGAAAACCAACCAAUUUCACGAAUGCCCUCCAUACAUUUCACCUAUGCCCUAUACAAAGAACAUGAAAGUACUAUAAGUAAUGGCGUCAAAAAUGUAACUAUUGGUAAGGGUACAUACCUCAUAAAUCCAGGACUGGACCUACGGAGUAUGCAGAAUCGUUUAAAUAAGUUUUUUAAUUAUUGGCUACCUGAUUGGGAUGGCCUUGUGGGAGUAACGCCAUCUGAAGAUGAUUUUAAAAAUUUAUUAGUCAACAGUGACUUAUUUGUAUAUAGCGGGCAUGGAAAUGGUAGCCAAUUUUUCGCCAGUGAGAAAAUUCAAAAAAUGCGGAUAGACAAAGUAGUGCUGCUAUUUGGGUGUAGCAGUGUGUCACUAACAUCCCUCGGUCCACAGGUUGAGAUGUUUGGUUCCUAUCAUAAGUACCAGAUUGCUUGCAGCCCUUGUGUAGUCGGUAUGCUUUGGCCAGUGACCGACAUGGAUACAGAUUUGGUCACAACAGAGUUAUUGAGCCAGUGGCUUCCUUCAAAAGCCGAAACACAUUGGAAAUUGAUCGAUAAAAAAAAAUGGGAAACAGGCGGAAAUCUUGUUCCGAUGAAGAGUAAAACAACGCUUUCACACGCUGAAAAACAUGAGCCUGAGUUAUUGAGAGCUUUGUGCAAUGCCAAAAAAGCGGCAAGACAAUACUUGAUGAAAGGUGCAUGUGUCGCACGUGGUUUACCAGUGAAGAUACAACAAUGACGUUUAUUCUACAAACAUUUCAACCACAAACAGUUAAAACGUUAUGUUACAAUGCUUGCUUCACUUUGCUUAUUUAAAACUGUUUUCAUAGCCUUCAUAAUUGUCGGAAUUAAACCAAUGUGCGUGUCAACGCAUUUUACUGCGCAAUUUUCGAACAUAAGUGUAUAUUUGUCAAUCUAAAAGGGAUAAUAGUAAGUGCUUUACAAAUAAAGAAUUAUGUUUUACCUCC